UAAAAAAAUAGAAAAUUCUUAACUGAAAGAAAUUGAAGAACCAAACCUAUCCUCCAAAGGUCAAAUAGUUUUUCUUUACCCUUUUUAUUUCUGUGUGUCUCAUUGUUUGUUGAAUUCCAUUUUUUGGUGGGUUUCAAGAGGGGAGGAGGGAAUGGAGAGCAUACCCAUGUGGCAGGGAGUUUCUAUUUGUGUUAUAGUUUCCUGGAUUGUAAUAUCUUCAACAUUGAAUGUGACCCAGAAGCUUAGAUCUUUCAUACAACCAUGGGUAUCUCGCCAUGUCCUCACGGGCACUCCUCUCAUCCUUCAGAUCCAGAAAUUUCAGCAUGGAUUCUUGGAUGCCUUGUUUUCUGGGUUGUCUUGUGUCGUUUCCGUGCCUUUCUACACUGCUUUUCUUCCCCUUCUUUUCUGGAGUGGUCAUGUCAGAUUAGCAAGGCAGAUGACCCUGUUGAUGGCUUUCUGUGAUUAUUUAGGGAACUGUAUAAAGGAUUCGGUAUCAGCUCCUAGACCAAGUUGCCCACCUGUUAGAAGGGUGACUGCCACAAAAGAUGAGAAGGAGAAUGCAAUGGAAUAUGGAUUGCCUUCUUCCCACACUCUUAACACAGUUUGCUUAUCCGGAUACCUUUUGCACUAUGUCCUUUCUUAUGCCCACAAUAGAGAUGCUGUUAUGAUAUUGGCUGGGGUUGGCAUGGUGUGCUUGCUUGUGGCCCUCAUUGGCACGGGAAGAAUUUACCUUGGAAUGCACAGCUUGGUCGACAUCAUAGGUGGUCUUGCUAUUGGAUUGGCGAUCCUUGCAUUUUGGCUUACAAUGCAUGAAUAUGUUGACAAUUUUAUAGUCUCAGGGCAAAAUGUUACUCCCUUUUGGGCUGCCCUGAGCUUAGUUUUGCUCUUCGCUUAUCCAACACCUGAGUUUCCAACUCCAAGCUAUGAGUUCCAUACGGCUUUCAAUGGUGUUGCAUUGGGAAUUGUUUCCGGGAUCCAGCAAACCUACCACCAGUUUCACCAUGAAGACGUCUCACGCAUCUUUACCCCACAACUCUCAAUCCCUGCCUUUAUUGGAAGAAUGCUCAUAGGAAUUCCAACUAUCCUUCUUGUGAAGUUCUGCAGCAAGGCCCUUGCUAAAUGGAUUCUUCCUGUAGUCUCCAAUACUUUGGGCAUCCCAAUAAGAUCAACCAUCUAUGUCCCAUCCCUGAAGGGAUCAGUCUCCGGUAAAAAAUCAGAUGAAAGCAAGCAAUUGGGGUAUAUCCAGAAACUCUUAUUUUUCUCCCACCAAGACUCAUUUGAUGUGGAUACAGGUAUUAGGUUCCUUCAAUAUGCAGGCCUUGCAUGGUCGGUGGUUGAUCUUGUUCCUUCCAUGUUCUCUCAACUGAGCCUGUAGUGGCUUGAUAGUACUAAAAUAUAUGGUAUAUAGAUUUCCAGGAUUUUAUAAGUCCUAGCUGGAAUAUGCUCCAUCUUCAUUUUGUAGAUCAUACGUUGUUGCCUAGCAACAGGAAACUAUCUGUUUGUCUCCAUUUCUUGUGUAAAUUCUUUUGUAAUGUAUGCAAACCAACAAUUAAAAUAUCUUGAUAUUUCAGCGAUAUACUGCUGAAAUAUUAAGUAUUGGUGGACCUCAACAUGAUAUAUAAGGUAGAAAUAUUAAGGUACUGAUA